AUGAUUGAAGCAAUCGAUAAAAUAACGAUUUCUGAGCAGUUCUGUUAUGGUUUUGUGCCACCUUCAUCUGAGCUAGCAGACCUAUUGUCUAAACCUGUGGGUGAUGUUCCAGAAGCAUCUGUAGAUUGCCCAAUAAUUAUGCCGCUUAAGGAACCUUCUAGAGAGGAUUACGAGAUUUGUCAUUGCAUAAUCAUUGGGCGACCUACUUUUAACCUCAUAGGGUCUGCGUUAUCAACUCUCUACUUGAGCACGAAGUAUCCACUGAAUAGUUGGCGUAUUGUCUUGAUUCAGAGAGAUCAAGAGACCAUUCAUAUAAGCUACCAAGACAAAUUGAGAAUCAAAAGAGCGACGAUGGCAAUAUGUGUCGCACCACAACCAGACCUCCAUGGGGUGAACUUCGUGGAUUUAGAUCCCAGGGAAGAACCUGAAAUUGAAAAUUCCUACACAAGAACUAGAGGAAGUCCAAAUUGGGCUGUUGAAACUCCACACUAUUAA